CCUUGUUCUCCUCAUCCAUCUCGACGUAUAACUGCUGCUUCAUCUUGCGCACCUGGAGAAAUCAUGGCCUCAAAAACCAUCAGCGUGUUCAGUGAUGAGAAGAACCCCCGCGGGAUACCGAAAGCUCCCUUCAUCGCAGACGUGGAGGAGUACCUCGGUGGACCCGACGCUGACGUCGAGGCACCACUGAAGGCGUUCCAAGACGCGCUAGCCAAGUACAAGUACAUGGACAGCAACCUAGGCUCACGACGGGCGGGUCUGGAAGACAAGAUCCCCGACAUCAAGAAGACACUGAGCAUGGUCGAGUUCCUGCAAGAGCGCAAGGAGGGGAAGCAGAAAGGCGCGUCAGAAGACGACGAUGACUUGGAGGACGAAGACGAGGACGCGGACGUGCCGCAGAAGCCCAUACGAACAACAUUCGAGCUCAACGAUACCCUAUACGCAGAAGCCGAGCUUGAAGAGACGGAUCAAGUCUUCAUCUGGCUAGGGGCCAACGUCAUGCUCUCCUACAAAAUCCCCGCCGCCAUCGCCCUCCUCCAAUCCAAGCUCUCCGCCGCGGAGCAGAACCUGCAAAACACGAUCGAGGACCUCGAGUUCCUGCGCGAGCAGAUCACCGUCAUGGAGGUCAACACCGCGCGCGUGUAUAACUGGGACGUGAAGCGGAGAAGGGAGGCGCGGGAAAAGGCGGAGCGGGAGGGGAAGGUGACUGAGGCGAAGGCAUGAGGGGAGGGCGAGGCUGGUGAGGUGGUGAGCGUAGCUGUUAAGGUGGUGGGCGAAGCUGGAAGUAGUGUCGUGGGCAGAAUUAUUUUGGGCUCGAUCCGCCAAUUACGCCUGGCAGAACGGCUUUUGGCCGAAUGGCA